CGGAGGCAGGAAAGUUCAUUAUCGACCCCCCCAUUGCCGUGGAAACAUGCCUCUGCGGUUGGACAUCAAGCGUAAGCUGACAGCUCGGUCGGACCGUGUGAAGAGCGUGGACCUCCACCCUACUGAGCCAUGGAUGGUGGCCAGCCUCUACAACGGCAGUGUGGUGGUUUGGAACCACGAUGCACAGACCUUGGUGAAAACCUUCGAGGUAUGUGACCUCCCCGUCAGAGUGGCCAAAUUUGUAGCUAGGAAGCACUGGGUCGUCGCUGGAGCAGAUGACAUGCAGAUUCGUGUGUUUAAUUACAACACUUUGGAGAAAGCUCACGUGUUUGAGGCUCACUCUGACUACAUCCGCUGUAUCGCUGUCCACCCCACACAACCUUACAUCCUCACCAGCAGUGAUGACAUGCUGAUUAAGUUAUGGGACUGGGACAAGAAGUGGGCAUGCACUCAGGUGUUCGAGGGACACACUCACUACGUCAUGCAAAUUGUCAUCAACCCCAAAGACAACAACCAGUUUGCCAGCGCCUCCCUAGACAGGACCAUUAAGGUGUGGCAGUUGGGCUCCAACUCUCCGAACUUUACUCUGGAGGGUCAUGAGAAGGGGGUCAACUGUAUUGAUUACUACAGUGGAGGAGACAAGCCCUAUCUCAUAUCUGGGGCUGAUGACCACCUGGUUAAAAUCUGGGAUUAUCAGAACAAGACAUGUGUGCAGACAUUGGAGGGUCAUGCCCAAAAUGUGACCUGUGUCAACUUCCACCCUGAGCUGCCAAUCAUUCUCACGGGCUCUGAGGAUGGCACUGUUCGUGUCUGGCACUCCAACACCUACCGACUAGAGAACACGCUCAACUAUGGCAUGGAGCGGGUGUGGUGUGUGUGUGGCCAGCGUGGCACCAACAGCGUUGCUCUGGGCUACGAUGAAGGCAGUAUCAUCAUCAAGCUUGGGCGUGAGGAGCCUGCCAUGUCCAUGGAUGCCAAUGGGAAGAUCAUGUGGGCACGCCACUCUGAGGUGCAGCAGGCCAACCUCAAAGCCAUGGUAGAAACUGAGAUUAAGGAUGGGGAGAGACUGCCGCUGGCUGUCAAGGACAUGGGCAGCUGUGAGAUUUACCCCCAGACCAUUCUGCACAACCCCAACGGAAGGUUUGUAAUGGUUUGUGGAGAUGGGGAGUACAUCAUAUACACUGCCAUGGCCCUAAGGAACAAGAGCUUUGGCUCAGCUCAGGAGUUUGUCUGGGCACAUGACUCCUCAGAGUAUGCCAUAAGGGAAAGUAAUAAUAUGGUCAAAAUCUUCAAGAACUUCAAGGAGAAGAAGGCUUUUAAACCUGACUUUGGGACUGAGGGUAUCUAUGGUGGGUUCUUGCUGGGAGUGAGAUCAGCAACUGGUCUGGCCUUCUAUGACUGGGACAACACUGAACUGCUCCGCCGCAUCGAGAUCCAACCUAAACAUAUCUUCUGGUCAGACUCUGGGGAGCUGGUGUGUAUUGCUACAGAGGAGUCUUUCUUUGUUCUGCGCUACAUGCCAGAGACAGUAGCUGCAGCUCAGGAGUCCAAGGAAGGUGUGACUGAGGAUGGGAUAGAAGAUGCAUUUGAGGUCUUGGGAGAGAUCCAGGAGGUGGUGAAGACAGGAGUUUGGGUAGGAGACUGCUUCAUCUACACCAGCUCUGUCAACAGACUCAACUACUAUGUCGGAGGAGAGAUUGUCACUGUUGCUCACCUGGACAGAACCAUGUAUCUGCUGGGCUACAUCCCAAAGGACAACCGUCUCUACCUUGGAGACAAGGAGCUCAACAUUGUCAGCUACUCCCUCCUGGUCUCUGUGCUGGAAUACCAGACGGCCGUCAUGCGGAGGGACUUCAGCAUGGCAGACAAAAUCCUACCCGCCAUACCCAAGGAGCAGAGGAACAGAGUGGCCCACUUCCUGGAGAAACAGGGGUUCAGACAACAGGCCCUGGCUGUGUCCACUGACCCUGAACACAGAUUUGAACUGGCUCUCCAGCUAGAAGAGCUGAAGAUAGCCCACCAACUGGCCAUGGAGGCAGAGUCAGAACAGAAAUGGAAGCAGCUGGCCGAACUGGCAACUGUGAAGUGCCAGUUUAGUCUGGCCCAGGAGUGUCUGCACCACGCUCAGGAUUACGGAGGAUUAUUGCUGUUGGCCACUGCCUCAGGCAACGCCAGUAUGGUGGGCAAACUGGCUGAUGCAGCAGAGAGGGAUGGCAAGACUAACGUAGCCUUCCUCAGCUACUUUCUGCAGGGAAAAGUUGAAAAAUGUCUGGAUCUCCUCAUCAAAACCAACCGACUGCCAGAGGCUGCAUUCCUAGCAAGAACAUAUUUGCCCAGCCAUGUGUCAAGCGUGGUGAAGCUGUGGAAGGAGAGUCUUUCCAAGGUGAACCAAAAGGCAGCAGAUGCUCUGGCUGACCCUACCCAGUACAGCAACCUGUUCCCUGGCCUCCAGCAGGCCCUGCUUGCUGAGCAGUACCUGAAGGAUACCCAUGUCUGGGUCAGACCAGCUGCAGAGUACCCCCUCAUCAUGCCCAAUGAAGACCGGAGUAUCUUUGAGGAAUCUGCAGGCUAUGAGCCAAAAGGAUGUUUCAGUGAGCAAGAAGCAGUGACAGAGAGCAUGGACGAAACUCCCAUGACAGCCCCUGCAGCACAGACAGCACCUACAGAAAUGCUUGGGGUGGAAGAAGACGUGCAACCUUUUAACCCCAUCAUGGCAAAUGAGGAGGAAUCCAUCCCAAUUGGAGAACACAUUGAGACGGCACAAAUCAAAUCAUUUUCUUCUCAGUCAGCUGCAUCUGAUCCACUGAUGGCAGUGGCAGAAAUCAUCACUGAAUCAAAGGAAGCUCCAGCCAUUGCAGAGAAAGACAUUUUGGAUGACUACAUCGAAGAGGCAACAUCCCAAGAGCCAUUGGUGGUGCAAACUUCAUCUUCUGAAGAUACUUCAACACUUGAGACUGGCAUUAAGGAAAUGUCCUUAACAACUGAAGUUGAUCUUGCUGAAGAAGCCAUACUAACAGAGGGCAGUGUUCCCAAAACAGUAGCACCUUUGGCACAAGCUGCAUCAGAAACCAUGGUUACAAAUGAUGGAGCAACAGAAAUCAUACCAACACAGGAUGUCCCUCUCAGCAACACACAAGUAUUUGAUUCCAAAGAAAUGGCAUCAGAGAUCAUUUUUGCAGAGGAAGAAUCCCCUGUUUCUGGCACUCUACUUAAAGAUGUCCUAGCACCUCCCACCAUAGAGGCAGAAACAACUGAGACUCUUGCCACAGAAGUACUCCUUUUGGAAUCUGUAGCACCGCCUCUUUCAGUGGAAUUCAUCUCUAAAGAAGAUAUGGACAGUUCAGCGGAGAAUGAUCCUGUUGAACCUUUACCAGAGUCGAUACCUGAUCCAGCACUAGACCUAACCUCAGGUGCAAUGCCAGAAAAGGAGCUGGUCGUAGUCCAGGAAGAACCUACCAUAGCAGAGCCAGAGCCAAGCCAGGUCCCCAACAUGGUGGUACCUCUACAGCCUGAGACAGAGCCUUUAGCAACAUCGGCCUCAGAGAACAUAUUGGAGGAAGUAGAUCCUGAACGAGCUGAGGAAACAGUAGUAGAUCCUGAAGGAGCUGAGGAAACUGUAGUAGAUCCUGAAGGAGCUGAGGAAACAGUAGUAGAUCCUGAAGGAGCUGAGGAACCAGUAGUAGAUCCUGAAGGAGCUGAGGAAACAGUAGUGGACUUGGAAAUGGAGCUGAAAAGUGAGGGCUUGGAUGAUCUUGAUUUGGACAACUUUGACCUGGACGAUAUAGACACCUCAGAUGUUAACCUGGAUGAAGAUUUUUUGAAUGACUAGCAAGUCAAAUAGGGAGUCUUUAGAGCCAUUUUCGGUUAAAGUGACCAAAAAAAACCUCCCCAAAAAAAACCUUUUUUAUCAUGGCAUUUAGAGUUGAAUUGUUGAAAGGUGGGUUUAAAGUAAUGUUUUGAGUCCGCGGUGGUGUAGCGGUCUAAGCAUCGGCUUUGUAUUGAUGCAGUUGCCCACUGGGGACCGGGGUUCGCGCCCCGGUCUCGUCAGAUCCGACUAUGGCCGGAUUCGAUGAAGCAGCAAUAAUCGGCAACGCUGUCUUCGGGAGGGGGGCGGAGUCGGCUUGUGUUCGUCACAUGAAUGCGUCUCUGUGUGUGUUGGAAAAAGCAGUGGUUCGGCCUGGAUUCGCCUUGUUACGAAAUUGGCGAGGCGUCUCCUUCGAGACUGCCGGCCGGAGAGAUGCAGUUGCCGAACGCAUACAAUAGGAAGGUGGGUGUUUGAAUUAGAAUAGGGAGCGAUUGGCCACUAAAUUGGGAGAAAAAGGGAAAAAUCAGAAAUAAAUUUUAAAAAAAGUAAUGUUUUAAACAUGACGGUGAAACGGGUUAUGUGUGUUGAGGAAAGCACACUGUUGUCAUUGCAGUUUUACAAGAUUAGUGUUUUAACAUCUGAACAAAAGUCAAGCACUCUGAAACUGAUGUUAUUUCAGUGUUGAUAGUUUACAGUGAAAAUGCAUGCAUUUUUGCAUCCCCCCCCAUUAUCACAGGUGGUGCUAUAGAUGCUCUAGUAGCUGUGUAGGGCAUAGUUGCUGUCUGAGGUUUAUUGUAACUUGGUUACCUCUUCUUCCUGUUUAAUCAAACACAAUCUUAAAUGUGUAGCGUUUCAGAUAAAACUGCUAUAAUACUGCUGCCAUUUUGUAAAAAUUUAAUAAAGGAACCCAUCUAUUAUAUGCAAAUUUAAGUGCCUUAACUUGGUGAAUUGAAUAACCCAAUA